AGAGUGAGAGAGAGAUAGAGAGAGAGAGAGAGAGAGAGAGAGAGAGAGAGAGAGAUGUCAGAGGAUGUGGUUUUCCUGAGCUUGCAGAACACACCGCGCGCAGGCAUAGUUUGAGCAUGACCUAGACACGAGCGCGCGCGAGGAAAGUGCGUUCUUGCUGAUUCCGAGCGGGAUUUUAAAGAAGAGCGCGAGCCUGGCGUCCCUCGCGUCCGCCGCCUCCUUCUCCUCCUUCUCCUCCUCCAGCCGCAGCCUCGCGACUCCGCACAGGAAGCGCGCGGGAACCUUUUUCGCGCGGAGGCUUUUUUUCUGAAAGCGCGUCCCUCGCGCCGUUCAUGCGUUUGACAGCAGAGACGCUCCGCUGAUCCGCGAGCCCAACUUCCAGCACCUGCGGGGUCCAGAGCCCCCCAACAGUUGAGGAUCAAAGCGCACUCGGACAGGAACGAUGGGUUGCGGGCUGAGGAAGAUCCAUCAGACAGAAGACAGCAGUCCAGGGAAGAUCUACUCCACCCUCAAGAGGCCGCAGGUGGAGACCAAGAUCGGCGUGGCCUACACGUACUGCCAUCUGGACUUCUUGGUUGGAAAAGAAGAAGGAACGUCCACUCUGUGUCUAUCCUCGGUGCGGGAGCUGCCAUCCCAGCUAAAGGAUCUUUACCAGCAGGGCUUCGUUCUCACAGCUGUCCACCCCUUUGUCCAUCUGUGUGGUCCAGAGCCUGCAAGUGUCCCACGACAGCUUUACCGAGCGGUCCUCACCAAACUGCCUGAAAGUACCGAGAAGAGUCCAGCAGACUUCGAGCCUUACCAUCUGAAACUGGAGGAGUGCCUCAGUGCUGACCAUACCCCCACCCCAGAGCACAUCCAAGGCUAUGUGAAGAAACAGAUUCAGGAUGCAGCAGACCAGGGCAUCAUGUUUGCUGGCUUCAUCCAGGAGCCGGCCGGCCUGCACCCCCGCGUGUCAGCACGGGCAGAUGGAGGCGAGGCGUCGCUCUCUCUCCACUCCAGCCCCAGCUCACUGCGUGGCUCCGAGUUGACGGCCAGCCCCAGCCACCAGGGCGAGCCUGACCAGGUGACUGAGAGUGGGCCGGAGGACUGGGGCAGCCAAACAGAGACGGAAGACCCGAAAGCCUCAGGGGAUGCAGGUGGAGAAGCUCUUUCAGACGGGACGUCCAUCGCCUUGACACCAGAGCCCCGAGAGGGACAGGAAAACACGCCGAUUCACAACAACAACAAGGCCAAAGACGCAGAGUCAGCUGAAAAAGCCAGUAGGCCACCCCUGAGCAAGAGUGGCGCUGAGCUUUUCGGCCUGUUCAACUACCCGGGUGGCCAGCGGAACCCGCUGAAGUAUUACACAGUGAAAGUCCCCCUGAGGGUGCAGCAGAAGGAGGAGGGGGCCCGUGCCGUCGAGGCCAACUGGCUGGACCACAUGACUCAGCACUUCAACAGCGGGGCAUCCCUGGUGGAUGGCUACUUCCAUCUGGGCAACGACAACGACCAGCCGCCGAAGGUCAUAGACAGCGUAUUCGUCUUCCAGGAAGGAGACUCCAACGCAAACACAACCUAUGAUGCCAUCGUGGUGGAACAGUGGACCAUUAUUGAUGGAGUGCAGGUGAAGUCGGACUACAUCCCUCUCCUGCAGUCGCUGGCCUCGUUUGGGUGGAAGCUGACCUGUGUGUUGCCCACACCAAUCGUGAAGACCAACAGUGACGGAAGCCUGUCCACCAAGCAGAUCGUGUUCCUGCAGAGACCAGCACUGCCUCUGAAGAGGAAACAGUCCAAGAAACUCAUCUUCAGAACGCGGAACAAGACUGCCAAGAACUCGAUCAAAGACGCACCAAAAAACAAGAAGAAGAAAAAUGCGGCUGCAGAGAAAGAACUGGAAGACCCGUUGAAGGUCCAGGACGGAGCGGGGAACGAUGUGGCCGAAGAGAAUAGCAAAGACGUGAAUAAGAAGAAAGGGAAAAAUGAGGGCAGAAAUGGAGAGAGAGAAGGAGUAGAGAUGGUGGACAGAGAGGUCAGCGGAGAGUUAGGGACCAAAAUAGACCAAGAAGGAAAAGCUGUAGAAGUGAAACAAGAAGGGUCAGAGGGCAGGAAAGUGCCAGAUUCAACUACUGAAGCUAUAAAAGAAGAAAUGGGAAAUGAAGAGAUGGAGUGUGAUCCGAAUACAGAGAUGAAGGUAGAAACAGAACAAACGGACCUACCUGGAGUGGACAGGGCAGAGGAGGACACUCACCAACAGCACCCACCAUCUGCCGAGGAAUCGGAACCGCUGGCCGAGUCAGACAUUUAGGAAUACGCGUACCGUUUGCCUUGCCUCUGCUUGUAGGGGACAGGAUGAUUGAACAUUGACACAUGAACAGGGGAGACAACACAAAAAACACACAGACUUGCUCCUGCGACCUCUUAUAGCCCAUGCUGACCACAACAGUGGGGUAUAAACAGACUUUCCCCACUUGCCCUGACCCACGUUAUAAGGGCAGCAUCAGACAUUAUUAACAGUAAAAGCACUGGAUAUGAAAAAUUACAUGGAUGUACUGUGUAUAAGCCCAGAGAGGUGCAGGGCUGAUGAAAUAUACUGACUCCUGCAAUGUCCAUAAUCUUGAACCUCACUUCAGUUGAAAAUAGACUGUGCUGUGUAAGCAGUGGGUGCAUCCAGUGUGCUUAAAUAACACCACGAGGAGGUGGCUGUUGUUGCGAAAGGCAAUCUCUUGUAAAGUAAAGAAGAUAUUGUUCUAUCCUUCUGUUUACAUUUAUGAAUAUGUUCAGUCACGCUCCCAGACAGCAUAAAGUAUUAAACGCACACUGAGCAGAAUUACAUUGGAAUUGCAUUGAAAAACAUGUGUUUGCAUUCAAGCUGUCAGCUUUCAGAGCACGUUUCCAACCACGAGCCCGAGAAAUCCAGAGACAAUCUGUGCUGACUUUGCAACAGACUGUUUAUUUUUUAUCUUAUUUCUCACUCACCGAGGUAAUGAAUGUCAAAAUCCCUUCGAUCCACAGAAACCAAAAAAAAAAAAAAAGCAUGAAAAAGUUGGAGCAUGACUCAAUAACAUGCCAGACAAAUGAGGUCCUAAUCUUCUCUACCAGAAAACAAGUGUUACCCUGCGAGCAGCAGAGCAUCCAGGAUAGAAUCCGUUUGCUUGAUCUCGAAGCUAAAUGGGUCUGACCUUUCUUGGCCUGUGUCAAGGGAUUCAUCGGAGGCUGAGGAUACACCUAUUAGCUGAAUGUCAUGACCUCUCAUUCAUUUCUAAUUAGCAAUGGGAGCUGAUCUCAAUUCAUAAUUCAUUUCAUAAUCUGACGGUGUCAUGAGACAUACAGCACUGGUCAAAGGUUUGGACACACCCGAUGUAUGACAUUUUCAUCCAAAGGCUUCUCCUAGAACUUUCUUUCUAAGGCGAUGGUAAUAGGGAGGCCAAUGCCUUUGUAUAGAUUCAUUUCCAAAACAUCAAUUUUAACCUGGAAGAUUUUUGAAAGGCAGGUCUCAGCAUAUAUAAAACAUUCAAGCCUGUUGGAAAGUGUCCAGGGAGGCUCUUCUAUGCUGAUUUAAAUCAAGGCUGGAGAAUCUAAAAUAGAAGACUUGUUCAUAUGAAGAAAAGCUCUUAAUGAAUGGGCGUGUCCAAACCUUUGACUGGUUCAGCACAAGGCCAGAUGACGGAAACUGGCUUUAAGUGUGGAUUUUUCUCAGUGUUAGCAUUUCUAAAGCAUCGUGUAAGAGGAGUCAUGGGGUUUUUUUAGGGUAGCGCUGUGGUCUUUCCAAAAGGUCUCCCAGUAUUGCGUAGUAGCAGCGGUAGGGAUUACGAUCAAAGACGACUGUGGGAAGAGACGUUUAAUGUUCACAUGAUGCUGACUGUACCUCGCAGGCUGGCUUCCCGGACAAAGAUUAAGCCCCAGAAUCAAAAGGAUUUUCCACAGAGAAUCACCAUUGAUGCUGUCAAUUAGGCCAAGACUAGGCUUAAUCCAUGCCCAGGAAAGCGGCCAAGAAGCUAAGGUUUUAUCUGCAAGUUAUUUAAUGUGUCAGAGGGAAUGGAAUAACAGAUAAAGUGUGUGUGGAGCAUGGGCCAGCAUUGUUUACCCACAGCGAUAAAUCCUGGCUCCUAAUGUCCAGCCUACUUUGUGUGUGUGUGUGGUCUGAUAGAUCUCCCGGCAAGGGCCCAAGGGCCGGUUCCUUUGGACCUCUAAUAACCAAAGAGGUCCUGUGUAAAAUUCUAAUAGCUUUUGCACUUUUCCCAGGGGGAAAGUGUUUCAGCUCCUCUUUGCCUACUGUGCCCAUAUUGGCAUCUCCCUGGACUUAACUUAAAGAACAGUAACUGUCCGGUCCAUCUCAGUAUGGUUCAGUCACAUCUUUUUUUCUCAAUGUCCCCAUGCAUCACGAUGGGUAGAGCUUAUCUACAUACAAUACCGUUCAAAAGUUGGGAAUCACUUGUCAUAUUAUUCUGCCUUGCGGUGGACUGGCGACCUGUCCAGGGUGUAUCCUGCCUUCUGGCCAAUGACAGCUGAGACAGGCUCCAGCUUUUUUUUUUGUUCUUUCUACCACUUUUGAAAUACAGGGUAUUCUGGGUGUUUAUUUUAUUCAUUUGUUAUUUAUGGAUUAUUGACAUUAUUUAGCUCUAAAAUUAAGCGUGACUAUAUUCUUGAAGUUAUCCACGUUUCUCAGCCUGCACAAAUCUAAGAUUUUGUCAUUUUUAGAUGUAAGGCACCUGAUUGACUUGGCUUGUAACUCACAUCCACAUUUAGCAGGCUGAAGAUUCUCCACAAGGGGGUGCUGUUAGCACUGAAAUAGCUUUUGGUGCUUUGCAUCAAUGACACUGCGUUUCCUUGUUUUGCAGCUUCCUAUUAAUUAUUUGAAACCUGUGAAGUUGUGCAGGGCUGGCAUGUUAGAAUAACUUUACACUGUCAUGGGCAAAUAUUUGAGCACCCUGGCUAAAUGAUGUUUGUUGAUUGUCAGAAAUUGUGAGAGAAAUUAUCCAACCUUCUGCAUAUUUUUGAUGCACAAUUACUGUUUAUUUGCUGAGUAGGCCAACAUUUCCUAUUGAUAUGAGCUCAAACUGCCAAAUUGGCUUUAUAUUUUUGUAAAAACUGAUUCCAAACUUUUGAGUGGUGAUGUAUGUCAUUUCUAAGCAGUUUUUCUGACGUGUUCAUCAUUUUAAUCGCUCCUAGUUGGCACAUAGUUUGUUAGAAUGGAUCAGACAUGGGUUGCUUGUCUUUGUAACGUGAUGGCAGAGUUAACGUUUCUUCGUGAUAAUGACUACAAUGUUCUUCUUUACUGGGAAAAAAAAAAACAUUCCAAACUGGGAUUCAUCUGUUCACUCUCAGCUGUCUUAACUCUGAUAAAUUAAGAAGUGCUGAUAUAAUCUUCUCUUUUGUUGCUUAUGAUUGUUGCGCUCUCCUGGCAGGUGAUUAAUUAUGCGUUGUGUUUUCCGCUGCUGUCAGUGCGUCUACUGCGCGUGUGGGUUUGGCUACGUGUCAUACGGUUUAUGUCUGUAAUUCUCAGAUGAGAUUCCUUAAUGUGGAACAAACUCCAGUGUGAAACCUCAGAAAACUCGCAAGGUCAGCCCGACUUGAAAGGGUCUUUUUGCGUUAUUACUUUGUAGAUGCUGGACGUCAAACGGGACGAGUUAGUUGGCUGUGAUGAAUAUUUCAUGUGAGCUGUGUGUUGAUCUCUCUAUGUGCAAAAUACAUAACACACAUCACCUCCAGCAUUUCUGAAGUGUAUGUACACAGCAAAAUGUUUAGGGACACCAAGCUUUUCAAAAAGCUUUUAAUACAAAUGAUCAGUUUGAAAUGAAAUUAUGCCAUUUUUCUGUUUGGGAAACCUACAAAACGGGAGGAACAGCUUUACAUUUAUCUCCUUGUGAUGCCAGCAUACAUUCAAUUAACCAUUAUGUCAUGAAUCGCAGAUGGAUGUCAGUAAAUAUGAUGUGUGGUGGCUUUAAGAUGAUAACUUUUACCAUAUUUGUCUGUUAAUCUUUGUUUCCUCUUUAAUGUGUAGUCCAUAUUAUAUCAACGUAAAUAUGAUGUCUGGUUUCAAAAUGUUCUCUACAAUGUUAAAUAGCUAAAGCUAUGCUGCAGCCUUCCUCUCACAGAACACAUUCCCUUAUGAAACAUGAACCAUGACGGUUUAAACUAUUUUGACGUUGAUUCAUUUUGGUUGAUAUAAAAAGACAAAAUCUAUUACUGUAACUAAUAUCCUAAUAAUAGUGGGCUAUCAGUAGCCAAGACAUUGAUUGUAUGCUGUACGUUUUAACUAUUUAUUAUUUUAACUAGAAGCAAUUUAUAUGCUGUAAACAUGAUUUGUUAAACCUACAACACAAACUCCCAAUCCAAGAACUACCAAACCAGAUCAAUAAUUACCCAAUCAGACCAAGAACUAUCAAACCAUACAAAGAACAACCAGACCAGACCAAGAACAAUCAAACCAGACUAAGAAGUACCAAAGCAGAUCGAUAACUGCCAAACCAAACCAAGAAUUCCCAAACGGGACCAUGAACUCCCAAACAGGAUAAAGAACAAACAAACCAGACCAAGAACUACCAAACCAGAUCAAGAACUACCAAACCAGAUCAAUAAUUACCAAACCAGACCAAUAACUACCAACCAGACAAAAAACAACCAGACCAGACCAAGAGCAACCAAACCAGACCAAGAACAACCAAACCAGAUCAAUAAUUACUAAACCAGACUAAGAACUACUAACAAGACCAAGAACUACCAAACCAGAUCAAUAAUUACCAAACCAGACCAAGAACCACCCAAUCAGACCAAGAACUACCAAACCAGAUCAAUAAUUACCAAACCAGACCUAAAACUCCCAAAUCUGGACCAAGAACUACCAAACCAGAUCAUGAACAACCAGAUCAGACCAAGACCAACAAUCAGACCAGACCAAGACCAACCACCACCCCCUGUACCCCCUUAACAAUAUCAUCAAUUAGUAAUAUGUAUUACAUGCAACCUCACAAGCCACCACUCAAAUCUCUCAGGCCAAUAGAGUUUUAAUAUGUGCUUUUAACAGUGGUUUGGAAAAAAAUAAUUAUUUAGGCAAAAGCUGAUCUUCAUACGAAGGAAGGUGCUUUGAUGACCGUCAUUGUUCAAUCUAAAUAUCUUCACGGAUUACCACAUAGCUGCUUUAUAUGAGCAAAGCCUUGGGUUUUUUCACUUAACUGAAAAGGAACAGUCAGAAAAUUCCAAAAUAAGCCAAGGUGUCCCCAAACGUUUGUACAUUGUGCACAUCACCACCGGUGUUUCCUUAGUAUGUUGUCGUCGUCAAAGCAAAAUCUCGCAAUUUACAUUUUUUUUUAUAACAUUUUGAAACUCCAGCUGCCCUUUACACUGUGUGAGCAGCCCAAAACGACUUGUACUCAACUCAUUACGUUGGCGUACAUUAAAGAAAGGUUACCAGGUUUUGUUGUGACAGCGGUGAUAUGUAUUCGCACUCAAAGGCAUCCAGGGACACCUAGCGUCCAUGUCUGGUGAGCAGCGUCCAACUGUGGGCCGUACAGGCCUCGGCUCGACCUCUGGCGGUUACAGAAGACUCUGCUUUCUAGCACAAAUGAGACAGAAAAACAAGGGUGCGAAAAGCGGUGUGAAACAGGAUCUGCUGCUUCAUCUGCUAAAUAAGGCUGAGUAACCUUUACUUGGGCCGCCACGGCAACCCCGCGGCUAAUGGAGCACUCGGCUCCUUUCUAGAACAUUCUCUCCCCUCGAACGCAGCUACUUCUCGCUUUGCUCCUUUUAUGUAACCUUUCUGUGUGUCAGAACCUCCGACGGUGGAGAGAGUGAGCUUAUUACUCGUAAUAACACGCGGUUCCUUCGGUUCAUUCAGCCACUGGAAGGCUGUGCACUGAAGGCUUUUUAUUGUUUUGCUUUUCUUUUGGUUUGUUGGUUUUUGUUGUUGUUCUUUUCCACUGGUGAAGUACAAAUGAUGUUGUGUAUCUGAAAACAUUUUGAACUCUGCUGCCAUUGUGGCGAUCGCUUCUACGAUUGUUGUCCAUCGCAGCCAUUUGUGAAACAUUAUCGCCUGUUUGUUUGGAAAGGUCAAAUACAGUGCAGGUCCAUGUGGAACUGGAUAGCAAUAGAGUUUGCGUUGUUUUGGCUCUGCGCUCCAGCAUAUUGGAUUUGGAAUAAGACAAUGCCAGGUUAAAGCGUCAACUGUCAACUUGUUAGACUGUGUCAACUACAGACAGAGCCAGGAUUACCUUGUAGAGAAGAAGUCUAGCUUUAAACACUGAAAGUCCAGCACACAGUUUGCUAAAAAGAACGCAGUGAACAUUGUAUCGCUGCUGUGGGAAGAAAACCUCGUAUCUCCAUUUUUGUUGCUUUUCAGUUGUUGACAUAAUGUGAAAAUGCCUGCUGUUCUGUACAUUGUGUGUAAAUUUCAUGAAGAAUGGUCCAAAAGAAGCGUCCGGUUCCAUUGACUUACAUUAAAAGUGAAGUAUGUUUUUUCCUUCUCCUGUAAAGUUGCCGUUUUGGAGAUACGAGGUUUUCUUCUGACUACAGCGAUAAGCGUGUUCCAGCACAAGCUGCUUCCAGAGGUUCCAGUUUAAAAUGCUACACAACCGUGGAAGCUGAUCGGGACUUGUGGGGUGGAAAUGACUGGGAAUUCGCCGCUGUACUAACAUCGGCUCGAUUACACACCCCGUCCCUCCUAACAGAGUGAAUCAGCUGCUACUACUAUGUCAGUUUUUUGUUGAAAUCGUAAGGAAUAGCUUUGGUUAGUCAGGAAGGAAAAUCACGGUAAAAUAGCUCCAAAUCACCAAAACGUACAUAACGGAGAAUUUUUUCUUUCCUACGUUCUUUUUUUGUUCAAAUCCAUAUUUUCUCCUGACAAAUUCCACCUUCUAGCUUAGUCUCUCUCUCAUUCCUUCCAGCCAUGUAAACGUUUUUUUUGUUGUUUUUGUUUUUUUUUUUUUUUGCUUUUGUUUUACAAAAUCUACGUUUUUUGUUAGGUUGAAUGUCGUGACUGGCCUGAACAGAAAAUCCACCCUAAUGUAAAAAGAGAGCAGGUGCUUCACCUUCCAGAUGGAGAAAGACUUGAAAACAAACCGCUAAAUGUUUUCAGGGUCGAAAACCGAAGUGUUGUUGACUGAGUCAGUCACCCCGAAUCGCACUGCUCAGCAUUUCGUUUCCUGAAGGCAAGGCUGAAGAGAAAAGCCCCUGAAAACUGACAGGAACUGAAAACGACUGCAUUACAGGCCUGGCAGGGCAUCACCAGGGAAAUACCCGCAUCUGCGGCUCACAGAAUUGAGGCAGCCAUUGAUUCUGAAGGUAUAGCUGACACUUUUGUCAAAUUUGUCAAAUUAUUUAUGGCUCGCUGAAAUAUUCCUGAAACCAUAAUUCCUGUAUGCUUCACCUGUUGUAGACGCACACACCUUUAAUCAAAGCUGGCGUUCUGCUCUUUCAUUCCGAACGCAAUAUGCUGGAGUACAGAGCCAAAACGAGAGAAAUUUUUCAACUGUCCAAUGAUUUAUGGGCCGCACUAUACGUUAAUGUAUUCUGUACAAUUUGUAUAUUAUAAAUAUGAUUUAUAUUUGAUUUGCCUUUGAGUACUUCUGACAUAAAUAUUCUAAAUAUGCUUAUUCUAA